AUGAUUUUACUCGGUGAAAAAGAAAAUAGUCUCUGGACAUUUGCAUUUGAACGGUUGAAACUUGAAGAAUCUUACGCUUAUCAAUCUUCAAAUCGUCUGCAUCCACCAAAUCAACAGGAUAAGUAUUCUACGAUAAUUGAAAAGGAUAUCGAAGCUGUUAAUGCUUAUCAUACAUUUGCUAAUGAAUCAAUUCGACCAGGUGCCUAUGAUGAUUCUACCUAA